AAUAGUAAAAAGGCCAUUCCAUUUUCAAAAUUGUGUCUUUUCAUUGGGUGUGGCACGUGAAAGAGGAGUGUUGUUUUAAGCGCACUGUUCUAAAACAAGUUUAUACAACCAACCGUUGUUUGUUUCAUGGUUUUGAAGAGGCAUCUAACGGGUUCAAAGUUUUUAGGAAAACAGUUAGGUAUAGUGUCUAGUCACAAUUCUGAACAAGUACCGGUUGGUAGUGUGCACGAAAAAUGCACUGUUGACAGUGACAAACGCGAUAUGAUUGCAGUAGAACAAGUAAAUAGUGACGACCUCGAAAGGAAAGACUCCAAAGUACAUAGUUUUUGCAGGAACGAAAUUCCUUCUCUUGUUCUUCUUACUAGUCUAUACUUUCUACAAGGCCUUCCUAUGGGCCUGAUGUUUGGUUCUAUUCCUUUUCUUAUGCAGGAAAGAGCAAGUUAUACUCAAAUUGGAAUAUUUACUCUUGCAACAUAUCCCUACUCUCUGAAGCUCCUUUGGAGUCCACUGGUAGAUGGCUAUUAUUCAAGAAGAAUGGGUCGUAGAAAAACAUGGAUUAUUCCCGUUCAAACUUUAUCUGGGCUUUCACUGGUGUUAUGUGGCAAGAAGAUAGAAAGUUGGGUAGAAAAUGUGCAAGUGACUCCCUUGACUGUGAUAAGUUUUUUGUUAGUCUUGAUGGUUGCUACACAAGAUAUUGCAGUAGAUGGCUGGGCACUUACUAUGUUGUCAAAGACGUUCAUUGGCUAUGCGUCCACUUGUCAGUCUUUAGGUGUUACUUGUGGUUUUUUCAGUUCUUUUACUGGUUUCCUUGCCUUGAGCGACGAAUACUUUUGUGAUACUUAUAUUCGAUUUUUUAUUGGAGGACAAGGAGCUCUACUAUCUUUAUCAGGAAUGCUUAUAUUAACUGGUAUUCUAUAUUUGUGCCUUACUGCCGUAUUGAUUAUUCUUAAACGAGAAGAUCCUCCACCAAGAAGUGCAUCUACUUGCAAAGUUUCAACUUUUUUCCAUCAAUUGUAUCGUUUGAUGCAGCUUCCUAAUUUAAGGACUUUGAUUGGAGUUUUAUUAUUAGCAAAAAUAGCUUUUGCUGUACAGGACAAUGUAUAUUCCUUAAAGCUUUUAGAACGUGGUUUUCGUCGUCAGGAUUUGGCAUUCGUUGCUAUAUUUCAACUACCGUUUCAAGUAUUGGGCACUAUUUUGAUUGGCCGUUGGUCUACAGGAGUGAAACCUUUAUCUCCCUAUUUGUUAGGAUACAAGUUAAGACUCAUUUUGAUGAUACCUUGUACACUUGUCAUCGUUUUGAUUGAAAAGAAUAAUCAGUCUCGUUAUUUCAUUUGGGUUGUUAUUUUGAAUAUAUUAUAUCACAUUGCCAGCGAUGUUUUGAUGUUUGUUUCUAUGGGAGCCUACUUUGCUCGCAUAUCAGAUGAAAAUAUUGGCGGAACUUAUUUGACUUUAUUGAAUACGUUGCAGAAUUUGGGUGGAACAUGGCCUAAAUUGUUGGCACUUUUGUUUGUAGAUCGUCUUACAUGGAAACAUUGUGAAUCGCAAUCUUCGUUGCUAGACAUGACUCAUGAAGUGGUUUGUAAAGUUUGGGUUGAUGGUAUGUUACUAUCUUUGUUCUUUUUUGUGUCUAUUGGUGGGUGCUUUAUUAAUGCCUUGGAUUCAACUACGAAUCAGAUAUUUGGAAACUUUACCUCCAGAAAGUUUUGCUUUGGAUGAAUAAUACUCUCUUCUUUUCGUUUUGUGGAAUCAUUGUAUUCUCUUUCAUUAGAUAAAUAUCUUAUUGUUUGG